AUGUCUGAUGCCGAGGGUUUCGAAGUUGUCCAGCACGAGGAGGCUCCCGCCGAAAAGCCCCAGCCUCCCUCUCCUGCUGCCCCUGCUGCCGCCGCCGCCACCGCACCGCCCGUCAAGAAGCCGGCUGCUGCCAAUGGGCCCAAGCCUGCGGGUAGCGCGACUGCAGCGAAGAAGCCAGCUGCCGGGACUACCACGACGCGACGCCCUGCCACGACUUCUUCCACCGCCACGAAGCCCACCGCGAGUUCCACUCGUACAAGUGCUGCGGGUGGUGGACUGAGCAAGCCGCCCACGCGUCCGCCAGCAAGCUCGACUGCCGCCAAGCGGACUUCGACAGCGGCUACGUCUUCCAGUCAGCGUUCUCAGCCGUCCGCCUCCGAGGACGAAAAGAGCCGCAGGACCUCGACCCUUGGUAGUACAGCUGCCCGCCGCACUUCGACUCUGUCGAGCGCCACCUCCUCCAGCUCGCCUGCCACCAAGCCAAAGCCCGCGGCUUCUACGUCGACAACGACGACGGCGACCAGGAAACCAGCAUCAUCUUCUAGUGUUACUUCGCCGACGUCUUCAUCGAGACCCGCCACGACCAAGCCUUCCGGUCAUGCCAAGGACUCGAGCAUCAGCUCGACUAGUACAACCCGCACUGCGACAAGACCAGCUGCUUCCGGUCCCGUGGCGGAGGCCAAAAAGCGCCUGUCAACACUUGCUGGCGCCUCCGCGACCGCUAGCGCCCCCAAGCCCGUAGCCCGGCCGCCCUCAACGUCCAGCGCCGCCGCCGCGGAGUCUGCCAAGGAGAUCGAGGAGCUGAAGACCAAGCUUGCAGACAGUGAGACAGAAAUCACAAACCUCAGGGCGCAGAUCUCAUCGUCCGAGGAGAAGAUCGCCGAGCUCACCGAGAAGAUCAGCGCGGGCCCACCGGCCGAGGCGGGCACGGACGACUCUGCCCGCAAGGAGCUGGCUGACGAGCUAGAGAGCGUCAAGGAGAAGCACAAGGCCGAGGUCGAGGCUCUCGAGGCCCAGAUCUCGGACGCGCGGUCGAAGCUCCAGCAAGCUGAGGAGCAGCUCGAGAAGCAGAGGGCAGAGCUGUCCGAGCUCACAACUGCUAAGGAGGCCACCGAUGCCGAGGUCGCCUCCCUCAGGGAGGCCCUCGAGUCUGCCAAGACCGAGCAUGAUGCCAGACUCAGCGAGACCGAGGCCAACCUGACCAAGGCAACCGAGGAGCACGCGUCCAAGCUGGAGGCCCUGCAACAAACUCUCAGCGAACAGCACAAGGACGCCCUGAGUACGCUCGAAUCGAAGCACGCCGAGGAACUAGCACUGGGCAAGGCCGCGUCGGGAGACAACGAGAAGGCUCUUGCGGAUCAAAAGGCCAGCCAUGAGGCUGCUUUGGGCGAACUUCAGGCCAAGAUUGAUGACUUGACCGCAUCCCAAGCUGCAUUGGAGAGCGCUCACGAAGCUAAGGUCUCUGAUGAGAGCGCGGCAACCGCUGCUCAGAUCUCUACCCUGGAAGCCGAUAUUGCAGACCUCAAGGCCAAACUCGAGACCGCUGAGAAGACCGCAAGCAGCGCCAAAGAUGAGCUGGAGGCCAAGACAGGCGAACUCCGUUCCUUCGAGGAGCGGGUGCAAGACAUGGAGGCCCAACUGAAGUCGGCCCAGGAAGCCACCAGUAAGGCGCAAGAGGCCAUCUCCAAGCUCGAGGAGGACAUGAAGACCAAGGACGCAGAGAUCGAGAAGCUUCAGUCGGAACACGCUGCCAUCGAGGACAAGCACAAUCAGCAUCUCAAGCAGAUAACCACGGACUAUGAGAACGAGAUUAACAGCUUGCAAGGCGAGGCCAUGUACAAGCGCAAGUACGAGGAGCUCGAGGCCAAGCACAAUGAGUUGUCAGAGACUCAUACGGCUGCCGUCGAGACUCAUAGCAAGGCUCUGGAAGAGAUCAAGGUCCAACACAGCUCCACCUCGGCUGCUCUGGAGACAGCAAAGGCCGAGCACGCCGGCGCCGUCGCGUCUUUGGAGGCCAAGGCGGAGGAACACCAAAAGGCUCUUGAUGCUCUUCUCGCUAAUCACGCCAUGGAGCUGGAGGCCGCCAAGAGUGGUGUCUCUGCAGAGCGAGAGUCUCUGCUCGGAGACCUGGAGGGCUUGAAAUCCAGUCACACCCAGCAGAUUGAGAUUCUCAAGGCCGAGGCCGAAGCGGCUCUUGCAAAGGAACUGGAAGCCCUAAAGGCCUCACACGCGGAGAUCAUCGACGCUCUGAACGAGAAGAGUGCAUCCGAGAAGCAGCAGCUGCUUGCUGCCCAUGGCGAGGAGCUCGCAGCAGCGAAGUCUGCCGGCCAAGGAAGCCAGGAGGCCCAGCUGGCGCAGCUCGAGCAGGAACUCAAUGCGAAGCAUGCCACGGAGUUGCAGAGCGUGUCCAAGCAACUGCAGGAUCUUGAGAACGAACUCAACGCAAAGCACGCUACAGAGGUGCAGAGCUUGUCCAAGCAGCUGCAUGACCUGGAGACUGAACUCAACUCCAAGCAUGCUACAGAGCUUGAGAGCCAGAUAGAGCAGGUCAAGAAGGGGCUAUCCGCCGAACAUGCCGCUGAUAUAGACCAGUUGAAGAAAGAACUCGAGACCGCGCGGUCAUCUACGGAAGAACUUGCUUCACUGCGGGCUAAACUGAGCGAGAUGGACGAGCAGCAUGCUGCUAGCCUCGAGGCCACAAAGAAAGAGCUCCAGGCAUCACACUCGGCCGAGAUCGAGAAGCUGGUCGUGUCCAACGCAGAAGCCAUUGAGAGGUUGAAGAGUGACCAUGCCGGUGGGGCCGAAGACGUCAAGUACGAGAUGGAGACCUUGAAAGACAGCCACGAAAAGGCCCUCUGGGAACUCAAGAACCAACAUGCGUCGGCGCUUGAAGCGCAGCUCACACAGUCCAAGUCUGAACUCGAAAAUGCCCUUUCGGCUGUCAAGUCGCAGCUGGCCAAGGCAGAGGAGGAAAUUGAUGACCUCAGUGGAAAGCUUGCCAACGAGAAGUUUGCCCGGAUUCAGGCCGAGGCUGACCUCGACGCCAACAGGCAGCCCAAGACCCCAGACACGGCGGAGCUGGAUAACCUGAGAGAGGAGCUUGGAAAGUACAAGAAGGCGUACGACGAGGCCAUGUCCGCCACUGAGGCCAAGUCCACAAAGGCCGCAGAUCAACUAGAAGCGGUCAAGGGCGACCUCGAGAUGAUCACCAAGGAGCUCGAGGCGCACAAGCUGGAGGCCUCGGCCAAGUCGAAGACGGCGGAGGCGGACUACAAGGACAUGCACGAGUCGAUGACGGAGCUUGUGAACGAGGCUACUGGCCGGGCCGAGAAGGCUGAAUCGCAGAUCGGGGAGCUGCUCGCGCAACUCAAGGUCAGGGAGGCAGAACUUGCAGAGGCCAAGGCUCUGGCAACACCCAAGACACCCGUAAAGACGGGCUUAGCGGCUAGCAGAUUCGCCGAUGAAACGGGAGAUGAUGCCGCCGCCGCUGGAGAGACGCCUGGAGCCACGGCGGAAGGAUCGGUGCUAACGGAUGUGACGAUGAAGAUCGCUAGGAUGAGACAUACCUGCGCGUCGCUCGAGUCUCUUGACAGUGACAUGCGCGAGCAAAAUCUGAGAAUCCUGCGCAGCAUGGAGGAGGCCACAACCGCCAAGAUCAGCAGCAAUAACGAUGUGAACCAGGUGGCGUAG